AGCAACAGCAGAUACAGCAUUGUGUUUUGGGGAGAGAUCAGAGACUGUACCCUCGAAUUCAAGGAACCUUCGUGACGGUCCGACUGAAACAGCUUUUCUAAGCUCAAUUAUCCUUAAAUUUAAUCAACUCUUAAGCGUGUUAUCGCUUCUCAAUCUGCCCUUCUUCAGAUCUAUAUUAUUUCUUCUUAAAUCAUCUUUUACCAAAACCGUGGACAUCUUCUGCAUCUAAUCCAAUAGAACUGUGGUUGGGGUUUUUGGUUGAUCUUCGCUUAAAUUCCAGAUCAGGAAUUGAAUUUUGGAUGUUUGUACAAUGGCAGCGAACUCUUCAAAUGGAGAACAACAAAAAGCAACGAAAUCACCUCCCCUCCCAUCCCCUUUGCGUUUUUCAAAAUUCUUUCAGUCCAAUAUGAGAAUCCUGGUCACUGGAGGAGCUGGAUUUAUUGGCUCUCACCUAGUUGAUAGAUUGAUGGAAAAUGACAAAAAUGAGGUAAUUGUUGUUGAUAACUUUUUCACUGGAUCAAAGGACAACCUUAGAAAAUGGAUUGGUCAUCCAAGAUUUGAGCUAAUUCGUCAUGACGUGACAGAGCAAUUAUUGGUUGAGGUUGAUCAGAUCUACCAUCUUGCCUGCCCUGCUUCUCCAAUUUUCUACAAAUAUAAUCCUGUGAAGACAAUAAAGACAAAUGUUAUUGGAACAUUGAACAUGCUUGGCCUUGCAAAGCGAGUGGGAGCACGUAUUUUGCUUACCUCUACUUCAGAAGUAUACGGGGAUCCUCUUGUGCACCCACAGCCGGAAAGCUAUUGGGGUAAUGUUAACCCUAUUGGAGUUCGGAGUUGCUAUGAUGAGGGGAAGCGUGUUGCAGAAACUUUGAUGUUUGAUUACCAUAGGCAGCAUGGAAUAGAAAUACGCAUUGCUAGAAUCUUUAACACUUAUGGACCACGCAUGAAUAUUGACGAUGGGCGUGUUGUCAGCAAUUUUAUUGCCCAAGCACUUCGUGGAGAACCAUUGACGGUCCAACAUCCAGGAACACAAACUCGCAGUUUCUGCUAUGUCUCUGAUAUGGUUGAUGGUCUCAUCCGUCUCAUGGAAGGGGAAAACACCGGUCCAAUUAACCUUGGAAACCCAGGUGAAUUUACAAUGAUUGAGCUUGCUGAGACGGUGAAAGAGCUUAUUAAUCCAGCAGUGGAAAUAAAGAUGGUGGAAAACACUCCUGAUGACCCUCGACAGAGAAAACCAGACAUAACAAAAGCAAAAGAAUUGUUGGGUUGGGAGCCAAAGGUCAAGUUGCGAGAUGGCCUUCCCCUUAUGGAAGAAGAUUUCCGUCUCAGGAUUGGGGUUGAAAAGAACUGAACUGAAAACAUUUUGCCCCUACAUGUCCUAAUGAGUAUUGGAUAAUUACUGAGACUAGCCUAUCACUUAGCCACAUGGGAGAUAGUUUAUUUGGCAGUUGCUCCAAUUUUACUGGAGUUAUAUAUUAACUUGUUCUCCCUGUUCUGUACCUUUUCCCCUUCUGUUUUUGGGGACGUCCGUUUGCCAGCUAGCGACAAUAAAAUUGGCAAAUUGCUUGUGUCAAAA